CGAAUGUACGCUGUACACACCUGACGUCACGUCAAAUUAGUCAUCGUCGAAUAAUAUAAGAAAAAAACGUUUUUAUUCGGUUUCAGACCGUUAUUUUAUUGUUGUGUAGAAUAUAAAAAUACAAAUAGCACAAUGUCGUCCCGCAAGACAGCUGGUCGCCGUGGCACCAACAAGAAGCGUGCCCAGCGUGCCACUUCCAAUGUCUUUGCUAUGUUUGACCAGGCACAGAUUGCUGAGUUCAAAGAAGCCUUCAACAUGAUUGAUCAGAACAGAGAUGGAUUUGUAGACAAAGAUGACCUGCAUGAUAUGUUGGCUUCUCUUGGUAAAAACCCCACUGAGGACUACUUGGAAGGCAUGAUGAAUGAGGCUCCUGGUCCUAUUAACUUCACCAUGUUCUUGACACUCUUUGGUGAGCGCCUGCAGGGAACAGAUCCUGAGGAUGUCAUCAAGAAUGCUUUCGGUUGCUUUGACGAAGAGAACCAAGGUGUGAUCAAUGAGGAACGUCUCCGUGAGCUGCUGACUACAAUGGGAGACAGGUUCACAGAUGAUGAUGUUGACGAGAUGCUCCGAGAGGCUCCCAUCCGUGAUGGACUCUUUGACUAUGUAGAGUUCACACGUAUUCUUAAACAUGGAGCUAAGGACAAGGAUGAGCAAUAAGAUAUUUAAUCUUGAGGUGGGUGUAAACACAUUAGAGAUUGAUUACUAAUCAUGUAGCUGAUGUAGAGCUUAUUCAAUUGGAUAAAUUAAACGCGAAUUGAUCUUUUUUACAAAGUGUAUAAAUAUAUAUUUGAUCAUUAGUGUAGUUAUGGCUUUUUCUUAGGUUGCCUUUGACCAUUAUAGGAAAGGUUUUUUUUUGUAACCAGAUGUACCAAGAAUAAAUUUCAAAAUUGGAGCUACAAUGUCCUUGGUCAAAGGGAUUUGAGCUAAGAAAGCCUAAUUAGAUUACUUCUAAUUAUAUUGUGGCAUACAUAUUAAGGUUUCGACCUAGAACAGCAAUAAUUUUGAUCAUUUAAUGAUAAGUGUGAGCAAUUAUAAAACGAAGUUUUGUGACAAUAUUAUAAGUAUCUAUUUUCACUUUUGUACUUAAUACCAAGAGCCCCAAUUUGUUCAGAUUUUUCUCUAAUGUUGUCCAGUCAGAGUAAUGAAGUACUUAUGAGAUAAAUGUGGUUAAAACAAUGAUAUUCCUAUUAUUUCUGGUCCUCUGACUGAAUUUACCCGCCUUAAACAACGCCAUUUUGAUAAUUGUAUUGCCAAACUAAAAAAUUGGUUAGAAUCAGUAGAUUUUUAAGUUACGAUUCAUAUGGAUUUCAGGAUAAUCUCUUAAAGAUACUGAGGUGCUAAAUAUACCCUAGUUCUUACGUAUAUUGCAUUUCCAAUUUCCAUUUCGCAUUUUUUAAAAUUAAUUUUGUAAUUCCAUAUUAUUGGACCAUUUAAUUUUGUAAGUUUGGCCUGUGUAUUUUAUUCUCUUCAUGUAUUGGUAGUUAAUUGGUUCCUGUUUCUGGCAACAUUGUUAUUAAAAGAUAAUAAACAGCAUUCUGAUGUGUAGUUUUUGUGAUUUAUUAAAGUGAAUUGUGCAAUGAACAUAAAUUAAGCUCUGGACUACAAUAUUGUAUGAAAAUUGGCAUAUCUUAAAUUAAAAGUAUGUAAUGUGAAAUCAUGAAUACCACUACUUUGUUAUUAUGACAUCAGUUUUCUACGCACCUGUACACCUAGAAUUUCAGUGUUGCCAUUCAUUUAUUUGGUGAAGUAUUAAUUCUAACAUUCCUUCAAUUAGAUACUAACACAUCUCUCAAAAAAUGAAGUUUUUAAGUUGAAAUGACAAAUCUUUUUGUUUUUAAAUUAUGAAAUGUUUAAUUUUAGGUUUAAAAUUAACUUAUAGUAUUAAUAUAGUGUGUAUAAGUUGCGUAAUCAUGUAUGUAUGUAUUUGUUUUCAUUUAUUUACAUUAUAAAAUUUUAUUAUCUCUCA